AUGGCGGCGGAAACAUCUCAAGCAGCUGUUUCUGCAAUUGCAGCCUUACAGAAACGCUUAAGAGAGCUUGAGGAUGAGCAAAAGAAUCUUCAGUCGCAAAUUGAACAAUACAACAAACACUGGUCUUUCAAUAAUGAAGAAUUUGAAAGGCGUGAAAAAUCUGUUGCUGAAAUUACAGCUAAAGCUUAUAAGAUGACACAAGAAAAUGCACACGUACUUGUUCAAAUUCAAGAAGAGAGAAAACGUAAAUUAGAAUUGAAAAAUCAGAUCUUAGAUCUUCAAGAUGAGAUUGAUGAAUGUGGAGAUUUAGAACAAUCUACACGAGUUAAGAAAGGCUCUGUUAAACAAGUUUCAAUUAAUUAUAACAAAAUUCUUGAUGAUUACGAAACAUUGCUCGCAUUGUUAUUUGAACCUCCACAAUUAGUUGGUAGAAAGCAUGAUUUCAAAAUGUGCAAGUCAGAUUAUGACAUUGAUCUUUUACCAACUACUAUGAGGCGAAUUGCUCAGCAGUUAGAAGCACUUCCUGAUAACUACAAAUCUCAAAAUCUUCCUACCAAGAGAGCUAUUAUUCAAGGCCUCGUUUAUUCAAGAGAAGAAACAAGAAAACUUAAAGAAAAGAUAUAUGCAUUAGAAAAGAAGCGUAAUACGUCAACUACACCUCGCUCAUUAACUUUUGAAAUUAAUAAGUAUAUACAGCAAUUUAACAUUUUAUCUGGUGAAAUGAAACGAUUUAAGUUUUAA